CCGUAUCCAGACCUGAGCAUCCCGCCAUUUGGCCAGAGUUAUGCCUAGGCCAUUCCAGGCUGUGGCUAUACAAUCCUGAGCUCAUCUAGGCAGCCCGCGACUCGUCCCGUUUUGGCAGAGGCUAAUGCCGCCUGAGGUCGUCAAUUGACUUCGUUGGCGAUUACAUUACUUGCAAAGACGGAUUCAAAUGCUCAGCGUCUCAUUGGACUCAUACCCUAUACUGCAACGGUUGAUUCUAAUUGCCACUCUGGCGGUUGAUCUCGGAAUCUGAAUGUCUGAUGGCACAGCCAUCGCAAUUCACUUUCAUCAACGGCCCAACCCUUUCCUCUGUGGAGCAUCGAGAAGAUCUUCAUCGAUUACGUUCGAAACUGAUCAGCCGCGGAAUCGGGAAGCAGCAGAAAGACAGGGCGCGGUCUGAGCGACUCGACAAAGAGAAGGCUUCAACUCCACCAUUAGCACCGAAAGAAUCUUGCACGUCUCAGACAGCGGUGAUUUCAGCACGACCUCGUCGCAAGAAACCCCUCUAUCCCACUCCCCCUGACACAACGUCAGAAGACCAGAUAUCAGGCGUCCAAUCUUUCCUUUCAACUUCCGAUCCCUAUUCACACCUCAAUCCAGGCCAAGCGAUCGCCUUAGAGACUUACUAUCCCGCGUUUGUUUUAGCAGAUCGUCGCUGCCAACAAUUGAUCGAAUAUUGUAUACAUGUGCUAUGGCCAGGGUUCCGGUCAUCAGGGGACUACCCACAGCAGUUUUACCUUGCUUGGCUCCCUCAAGCAGCAUCGAAACCCCACCUUUUCCACUCAAUGCUAUGCUGUGCGUCUGUUCACUUUGCUUCGAAGACGGGACGGACGAGACAUCUGGACUCUGAACAAUUACAGCACCGAAUCCGGGCGAUUCAGUCAAUCCGGCAAGUGGUGUCGGCAUCAAAACGGACGUCGACAUUGGCAAUGGCAAAGUCAACUGACAUGGAACCGUUGCUUAUUGCAAUGCUCUUUCUAGCAAUGUCCAACGACGACCGCAGACACUCGAAGCUCCGAGAGGACUGUAGCCUGUUCACGCCUCCGUUAAAGCAUUUGCAAUGGCUGUCACACUACGCCCGCGGUCCGCUCCAUUCCGUGCACUGGGAAGCCGUCCAGACUCUGGUAAACAAGCAAGGUGGGAUUGGUAAUGUGAAGACGUUUGGCUUACCAUGGCUACUUUCCUAUGCCUCUUUGAUCCAAGCCGCCAUCACACUUACUUCCCCCGUCUAUCCGCUCCACCAGCCCAACAGCGAGCUGUACUCUUAUAUUUCACCAUUGCGACUUUCCGAGAUGCUUGACGCGCAGCAGCGAACGAAAGGAAUGGGAAGCGGAUUUCACUACUUGCAAUCUAUCGGGGUUCGAACGAACCUCGUCCAAGUAUUUGUGGACCUGGGCGAGCUGUCACACAUAAUUCAACGGUGGACUGACAGUGAUGACCCCACCCGAGCGUGUCUUCCAUCGAUUGACCGUCUUGGAGACUGCCGCAACUCUGUUCAACACAGAUUACUUUCCUUGCCAACGCUCGCUGAGGCUGAUGUCCAAAACUUCAUCAUUCUAGAGGACGACAACCCGGUCUCAAGCUUGUGUCUCCCCUUGCAACUCUAUGAAACCUGUCGGAUUGCUGCUUUAUUGUACAGCAUCUCCGUAACAUUUCCGAUUUCGUGGGCAGUCAUUGCUCGGCGAGAGAGUGUUCUGGGAACGCUUCAAGAAGGGAUUUCGGCGAUCGAGCAUCAGCAUCAAGGAGGCGUCCUAGAUCUGGAAGUGUUGGAUUUUCUACUAUGGUGCACUGUCAUCGGGGGAAUUGCGGCAGCGGCGGAUGCCAAUAGUCCUCGAGGUCGCCAACAAAGACUGUGGUAUGAAGCGCAGAUCAGCAAACUGUGUAUUUUACGAGGAAUCCGAAGCUGGCGUAAGAUGAGAGACGUCGUGAUGAGUCGGUUCGCAUGGAUGGAGAGGGCAUGUGACGCAGGUGGACUGGUGUUGUGGAAGUCAAUCCAUGCAUUUUAUUGUCAUAAUCCAGAAGAGGAAGAAUAAAUCUCCAAGCGCUUUAGCUCAC